UCAAACUAAACAUUCAAUUGAAAUUAAAUAUAUUGAAAAUGGAAGGUAAAGCUUUAAAUUUAAAUGAAACAUCUUGACUAUCAACGGGAGACCUACUCUUGGAUCUUGAUUCAUCCUGUUUAGAGAAAUCGCCAUUUAAGUGCAUUAGAGCUUCAGAGAGAGACUGCAGCUCUGUUGAGAAAUCACCUUUUAAUUAUAACCCAAGCAAAGCAACACCAUCCAAGAAGGUUGAGUCAAUUAAGAUGCAACCGAAGCUUGGGGUCGAUAUAAAAAAGUUCAGGCCCAAGUGUGAUGCUCAAGAGUCAAAGAAUGACCCAUGCAUGCUUUCCACUGAGUCAAUGAUACAAAAGUACAUGAUGAAGUUUAAGAAAAGUUGUAUGGGCAUGUUUAAUGCAGAUUUGGAGGACAUCCGAGGAAGACUAAAUAACUUCACAGAAAUGCAAAACUCUAUUGAGACUAUGACUAGCACUAUUCACAAAUUGGAGAAAAGAGUUGAAGAGUUGGAGAGCAAGAAUGAAGAAGCAACAAAUCAAAAUGCAAGCUUAUUAUCAAAGCUGAAUAAUUCAAGGCUUUUCCAUGCCUCACAUCUUAACUCUGUUGAUACCCAAGUCACACAUUUGAAAGAUAGCAGAUCAAGAUCACUAAUGGCUGAUUUAAGCGUCAGACAAGCUUCGAAUUUCUCAGGAGUCAAUGAGUCUGCUGAAAGAGAAAAAUUAAGAGACAGCGUGGUUUCCACAUCUCCAAUGAGUCGGUUAAAUAAGAGAUAUAAGAAAACCUCUCAGAGUACGAUCAAGCCGCUUGUAAAUAACAGUAUAGUAAAUCAUGACACAAGAAAUGUCCAGCUGCAAAGUACUCCUAAAAAGUACGAAUGAAUUGAGAAAAAGUUCUGCACUCAAUCAAUGAGCUCAGAGCAUGUAAGCUCCAUUUCAAUGGAGUUGGAGUCCAACUUAGACAAGAUGAGCGAUCAGGAUAUCACUGAGGUAAAGAACUCAUUUGGAGAAACAAACAGGAAUCUUGUAUAUAAGGCAGUAAACAAGAGGAGACAAAUAAAUUUCGUGAACUCUAGCGUUCAUGAGUCAUCAGAAAGCGAAGAUGAAGACUUUCUGGCUUAUUGCAAACCAUAUGACCCGUAUUGUCCUUGACAUCCUAGGAUUGCGACCACUGAUUUUGAACCAAAUUACGAAUCAAAUGUGACUGAUACACAAUAUGAACUCAGCGAUAAGAUAGAGUCAAAUGAUGACGGAAAUUUUGAGCCACAAGACGAGAGUUGCAAUAUGAAUACAGUUGAUAUCAACCUUGAGAAAAUGCAUAAAAGGAAGGUUUCAACCACCAAGAACAACAAAAAUCUUGUUGUGCGUUCUCAAAAAUGUGGGAAACUUUGUAGAUACUUACCUGCUGAGGAACAGCUUAAUAUCCUGAAAGGAGUCUCUAGCUUCAAAGGUGCAGCAUGUUCUGAGAAAUAUAAUUAUGCUAUUUCUUCUGACUGGUGGAAUCAAUUUUGAGACUUCAUCAACAUUGAAUUCAAGGACCCAAAGGAUAUUUUCUCUCCUGCCCAUGAAAGUGACAUGUACAGGAUCUAUUUGGAGAGUGACAAUUGUCUCACACCUUCAUUAGAAAGUAUGAGUCGUGAGCCAGCAAAGGAGUCUGAAGAGGAAAAGGAGCCAGCUAAGUUCACUUUCAACCAUGAAGAGCUUUAUAAGAGACCUGGAAUGAUCACUAACAUUGACAUUGCAAGAUGGAGGGAUGGAAUAAUUACUUUAAAGCCCAAUUUGAGGAUGAUUCAUGAUUAUGUCAAAGUAUCCCAACAGCAGUUCAAUUACUUAUCAAAAUGGUAUGGAUAUGAUCUUAAAGUCAUCAUCAGCCCACUUGAUAGCGAAUAUGGGACAGUUAAGUCAAAAGCAGCUAGGAGAAGAAGAUCUCUGUACUAAUUCUCAUAUUUUUAUUUAACAAAA